CGAUUUCGCAGCUUCACUCUUCAGCUUGAGAGCGGCUCCAGCGGCUGGCUGUUCAUUAGGGGAUAAGUUAGCGGUGGCUGAACACCGAAGUAACAAAAACUUAAUUCAUAUUUAAUGUUUGGUUGAAAAUGGGGGCUUGUAUGGCGUUAUGUUCACUUGCAAGCUGCGCAUCAUGUUUGUGUGGCUCUGCCCCUUGUGUUCUCUGUGGGUGCUGUCCAUCAUCCAACAACUCUACAGUCACGCGGCUGAUCUUCUCCUUCUUCCUGUUGCUGGGCACGCUCGUGUCUAUAAUUAUGAUCCUGCCUGGCAUGGAGACUCAGCUUCGUAAGAUUCCUGGCUUCUGUCAAGGUGGGGCCACUCUACCAGUGUUCGAGAACCAGUUUAACUGUGAUGUAAUUGUGGGCUACAAAUCCGUGUACCGCAUGUGCUUUGCCAUGUCCUGUUUCUUCUUCCUCUUUGCUGCCCUCAUGAUUCGCGUACGGAACAGCAAAGAUCCUCGGGCUGCUAUUCAGAAUGGAUUCUGGUUCUUCAAGUUUCUAAUCUUGGUGGGGAUCACCGUUGGAGCCUUCUUCAUCCCUGAUGGAACAUUUCACAAUGUGUGGUUCUACUUUGGCAUUGUAGGUUCCUUUAUGUUCAUCUUGAUCCAGCUGAUCCUACUGAUCGACUUUGCCCACUCAUGGAAUGAGGUGUGGGUUAGGAAUGCUGAGGAGGGAAACAGUAAAGGCUGGUUUUUUGGUCUCUUAUUCUUUACCAUCCUGCACUACGCCCUGGCUUUUACUGCUGUGGUGCUUUUCUAUCUGUACUACACCAAACCUGACGGCUGUACCGAACACAAGGUCUUCAUCAGCCUGAACCUCAUCUUCUGUAUCAUCGUCUCUGUGGUGUCCGUUCUGCCAAAAGUACAGGAUGCCUCUCCACAGUCUGGUCUGCUCCAGUCAUCCGUCAUCAGUUUGUACACCAUGUACGUCACCUGGUCUGCCAUGACCAACAACCCUAAUCGCGAGUGUAACCCCAGCCUGCUGAGCCUGGUGUCCAGUGUGAACAUAAGCACUACACAGCCCACACCAACCAGUGCCCCGGGCAUCGUGCAGUGGUGGGACGCCCAGGGCAUAGUGGGGCUAGUCAUUUUCCUCUUUUGCACUUUUUAUGCCAGUAUCCGCUCGUCCAGUAAUGCUCAGGUGAACAAGCUGAUGCAAACCGAGGAGGGUCGCGGCUCAGACGCGGAGGGACCGGUGGGGGAGGACGGCCUUCGGCGAGUGGUGGAUAAUGAGGAGGACGGCGUCACCUAUAGUUACUCGUUCUUUCAUUUUCACCUCUUCCUGGCCUCACUCUACAUCAUGAUGACCCUCACCAACUGGUACAAGCCUGACACUACCACCCAGGCCAUGCAGAGCAGCAUGCCUGCAGUGUGGGUGAAGAUCUCCUCCAGCUGGUUGGGAUUGGCUCUCUACCUUUGGACCCUUCUGGCCCCAAUCGUCCUCCCCAACCGGGAUUUCAGCUGAGCAAUAUUUCUUCCUUACAUGGGGAUGUGUGCGCAUGUACAGUACAUGAGAGUGGCAUGGUGCUACUUCUCUUCAUAAUGUUAGAGUUCUAGCUGUCAACAUAGUGUAUUAUAGGAUAAAUGGUUGAAGUGUGUGUUAUUCGUAUGUUUCUGUUCCAACAAAUCUACUCCUGCGUCAGAUUUCAUUAUGACCGUAGGUGCAUUUCAUGAAGUCUCUUUACUGGUGCGAAUUUAUCUUCAUAACUUUAUAUACUUGUAUUCUUAAAGGGACGACAUAAACACCCUCCUGAGACAAAAGGUGAUGGUGCGGGACCGUUCAACAGUCCGUUUACUUUACUGAUCUCGCCACGAAUAUUAAUCUGCACGUUUACUGCUGCUGCAAACCUUCUCUACCUAAAGUGAAUACAGUAUUUUACUGGGGGCUAUCAUUUCUCUGUCAGGGUUAAAUAUUUCACAUUAGUCAGGCACUUUGUCCUCAAGCAAUUUCAGCAUGGAUGUGAGCAUGUGAUACCGACUGUGCUGAUGGCCGUGGGGCUGUCAGAAGGGGUUGUUUAUUUCCGGCCCUUACUGGAGCCCCAUGGAGACCGUGUGUGGGAGAGAUAAGCACACCCUACACUAUUGCAAGCCAUGCUGCAUCACACUUACUCAGAACUGUAAUAUUCAACACUGAUCUGUAUUGCAAAUAUGGUGGUGCUUUUUCACCGUGUUGCACUAGAUCUUGGACAGAUAAUCAAAUGUGCAAACACCAAACUGUUGUACAGUGUCAUGCAACUGUACUUUGUUAUAUCAGUGAGUGCUGACGAGGCCAUGUUUGGAGUGAACUGUAGUGCUAUAGUUUAACAUUUUCCAAUAGUUAACUAUGUAAAACUAUGCAUGCACUAAAACGUUUUAUUUUUGAAUCCAUGGUUACAUUGUCGAAGGCAACUAAACGAGACGCUCUGAUCUUUUACUCUCAAAAGCUUCGUACUAUGCAUCGAUUUACUGAUCAGUUAAUGCAUGGAGAGUCACUUUUUUUUUUUUCCUUUUUUUUUUUUUUUUUUUUAAUUAAUUUCUUCCUGCUUUUGACAUUGUGAAAUGGAUGGGGGAGAUUUUAUGUGAACAUUUCAUUACUUUUAUGUACGGAAAGUCCUUUCUAUUUUAACACAUUUUGCACUGUAUGUACACUGUUUUUCAUUCAAGUACAUGUUGAUGGUUAUAAGUGAUGGCAAUUUUUAGUUUUAAAUAUUGUCAGUUUUGAAUCCUAUUGUCCAGUGAAAUGAGAGUUUCUUGUCGUGAAUCGGUGGAUUAUCCACUGAACUCCAUUUAACUUCAAAGAGUUCUAGGUGUAUUUUCUUGACGUGACUAUUGUAAACGGUGAGAUGUAUUGCUUGCAUUUAGAACUGUCCUCAUGGUCACAGUGGCAAGAUUUUAAUGUUAAUAAAUAAACAUGUAAACGCGUCUGGUAUAUUUUGCCCAGAGUAGCUAAUAAACUCAAGCAUUCUAGUGCACUCAUUGUAUUGAUUUAGAAGCGACCUACCUGCAAGGUUUUCGGUGGUGUCGAAACACUAAAAGUGCCUUCACUGAUAACCUGGCUUAUCAACAACGUUCAGGCCUGGACCCAGACCUGAAGACACAAGUGCCUUGCUUGAUUUAUACCAUCCAAAAGGAGCAGGUCUGGCAUUGCACAUUUGUUCAAACAUGGAGAUUUAUUGUAGUUUGACCUGCAUGUGGCAAUUCCUAAAUACUUCAAUAAAAAUGAUACAGCUAA